AUGGACGGUAAAGUUAUCGGAACGGGUCCAUACAGGGCGACCAAGCUGUGGAAUGAAACCAUUAAACUCUUCCGUGGAGGCAUGCCGCUGAGAAGGCACUGGGCGCACUUCCGCUACUACGAUUGCAGUUUCGCCGGAUCCGAGGCUGUGGAUUAUCUGCAUGAGCUGCUGAGGCGCAACUACAACUUUGGCCCCGAGGUGACUCGUUACCAGACUCUGCAGCUGCUCAGGAAGUUCCUCAAGGCCCAUGUCAUAGAAGACAUCAAGGGACGCCAUGGGUCAGAGGACUUUGAAGACAACGGCCAUCUAUACAGGUUCCCCUCCUCGUCCCCCCUCAAGUCUUUUCCAACAAGGCCUCUGUUAAGAGACAGCACUGACCUUCCCAGACUCAUUCGCUGGGACGACUACGAAGAAUUGCCUCAGCGGGAAAACAUUCCACCCCUGAAGUCUGCUGUCAUGACCUCAGAUUUGUGGAAUAAAAGGCACAGUGUGGCUAUUGGGGAUGUGCAUGAAUGCAAGCUCAUACGAAGGAAGGAGAUAACUCCAAAGCAAGUGGACCACAUCUGGAAGUCGAUGACGGUUGCGCAUUUACAGAGAGUGUUGGGCCUAACGUCAUUGGAUGGAGUUUUAAACCCAACGCAUGUGAACGGCAAGCACAUUGUUCACAAUGUGUUCAGCGUUAAUAAGACGGGCAUAGUCAUAUUGGAGAACAAAGCCGAGGACAUGCCAUAUUGGGUGGUAUCAGCAAUGAAAUGCCUCGCCAAUUGGCCUAAUGGCAAUGAAAGCAAACAGCCGGUGUACCCGGGUUUCGAGAGGGAUGUUCUGAAAACAGUGGCCGAUUACUUUCAGAGACUCAAAGAACCCCUGCUGACUUUCCAUCUAUAUGAAGUCUUUGUCAACAUUCUCAGUCUGCUGCAGGAGCAGGAGGUCGCCACUGAGGCUCUUCAAUUCAGCUGUCUCUUACUGCCACCGCCCAACCGAAGACGCCUCCAGCUGUUACUGCGUCUCGUGGCCCGGGUCUGCCAGAAUCCCCACCUGCCUCCACUCAACGACACCAUUGCUACCCGCACACUGAUGGUGCAGAUGUUCGCGCACUGCGUUCUGGGCUCAGUGGAUGAGAUGGACCUGGAUGAGCUGCUUGCCACCAAAUUGGUGACCUUCAUGAUGGAGCACCACAACACCAUCUUCCAAGUUCCUUCCAAGCUGCGUCGCCAGGUCGAGGAGCACCUGUCCCACCUCAAAAGAGUUCAAAUCAAAUACGCAGGUUCAGACACGGACUUCAGUGCAUCUCCAGCAUUCUGUAAACAGAUCAGCAGGGUGGAGUCCGAGGAGCAGAAGGUGAUAGGAACCCAGACCCCCCUGCAGGCGCUGCUGGAAGGCCUGAUAGCAGACAAAGAACUGCCUUCCAAGGACAAGAGGAAAAGGCUUAAACAGUUCCAGAGGUCCUACCCAGAGGUCUACCGUAAUCGAUUUCCCACUGAGGAAAGCAAGGCUGCUGUCGUACCUGAGAAAACCCCACGACUCAAACCUCACCUCAUGUUUUUCAACCUCAAGAAGCCCUUCCAGCCCUUUCAGAGGAGCUGGAGUUUUAGGGCGUGAUCUGCCCCCACUGACACAUUUCAGGCUACACUUCAGUCUGUAAACACAUCUCAAGGUCAGCGUCGUGAGACUAGGAGCUGGAAUGGUGCUCUGCUAACACACGGUUAACAACUUGCAAUUAAUGUUUAAAAAUAACGACUUGGACUUUGUAGCACUGUUAAACUAAAAUAAUAAUUUAGAAGGUCAGUUCACGCAAUGAUAAUAAUAUUAACAAUAAUAAUAAUAAUGGUAAUAAUGGCAUUCCCACUGACUCCUCGUCAUAUCUAGCCAGAUAGCUUGAUUUAGUUGCAAAACAUUACCAACUAUUUUCAAACUGCAAACAAUGACUGUGGAUAGCUGAAUUGGCCCUUUGUAACAAAUACAUGUUUUACUGGGUUGAUAGAAAACUUUAACUUAGUAUAGGAAACACAGAUGCACUGACACUUAAAGAACCACUGAUGUUUCUUAAAAUGAAAUUGUGUAUUGGUAAAUUUUUCUAAGAUAUUAUGCUAGAAAGAUCUUCUAAGCACACAUUGGCUCUGUAAAUACAUUGCAUUUCAAAAGUAGGUCAUUAGUUGAUUAACAAUUUUAGGUUGUGAAAAGUUAAUAAUAGAUAGAUGGAUGGAUAUAAUAGUAUAGUUUUGUACUAUAACAGAAAUAUUCAGGUGCAUUUCUUGGUAUUACUUACCCUUCAAACUGAUUAUGAUAUUAUGAGAUGGACUCUUGCAAGGCAACGAUGCAUUUCAUUUUGAUGAAUACUUGCUGAUGGAAUGGUCAUUAUGAUCUUGGCAACUCGGAGCCUAUCCAAAAGAUGUUUUUUUAUUUUUUUUUUUUUUUUAACUUUAGCAGUUAAACAGUUACUUUGUCAAUGAACAUAUCAAGGGUUAUCUAAGAAAGGGAGUGAAUGUGACGUGUUACAUAACUGAGAUGCUGUAGUAGGGAAAACCCCUACUAGUAACCCUUUACUUGAAGGUAUCUAAGGUACAUAAAAGUGACAUGGCACUCAUCCCAAAAGGAUCAAUAAAGAGAAGUCUCAUGAACAUAUGACACUGUCAUGACACAUGAACCCUAACUCUAACCCUAACUUGGAAAAGUUAAACCUAACCUAAUGACAGAAGCAUUGUCAUAAAUGUUUAUGACAUGUUCAUGACCGUGUCCUGUCACUCUUAUGUAGAUACCUUUCAAGUAAAGUGUAACCAAAAAAACAAAUGGUCCUUCCUCUCUAACCCCCUACUUACCCCAUACUUGACUGGUCCUGCUUCAUGUGCACUCUUAAAAAGACUCAUUUCAUGUUUGUACCAUACUUGUUUUAUUGUGUAUAUAAGAACUCUUGAUUGGUACAUAUUUCAAUGUCUCAAAUACUCUUCAUUCACUGUUUUCAAUGUCUUCUUGUCAUUUUCUAUUCGCUGCUGUUCUGUCAUGUCAAUCAGGUUGUUUUUUUACUUAAUUUGAGACUUAAAUUGUUGUUUUUAGAAUGAUUAAGUGCUUUUAUUCCUAUAUGGAUUUUCAUUAAUGCUCUUGAACAAAUGUAAUAAUGCUGGAAUAACUGUUACACUUGAAUUGCUGCUCCUUGCUGGGAAAAAUCGACUGGUUAAUGAUGCUGAUUUACCUAUAAACAUUGUAAUUGGUAAAUGUAA